GAAUGAUAAUUACAACAACAAUUUUUGAUUAAUCUGUUUAAUUUGUUCAAUUAGCUAGUGUUGUUACAAUCUGCAAUUUAUACAGACAAGCAAUCAUUUAUCUUUAACUUUAUCUUUAGAAAGUCAUAGUUGUUUUGUAAGACCACAACUCAAGAUUUCUUUCGUUUUCAGUUUUAGACUAGAAAAUGAGUUUUUUGAUGUUAUUUUUUACCAUUUCACUUCUGAUUCCUCCUCAGCAUGCUUAUUGGAGAGUUCAGUUGUUCGACGAGUUCAGUGUAUCACCAGCAGCUAAUGUUCCAUUUCAGGUUGUAUAUAACAACAGAACAACAUGGAGUGAAAACGGUCUAAGAUGGUAUGCUGACGAGACAUUAUGUGAGAUUAGAAAUAAGAGUCAGGUUUCCACAGAAGUGGUUUGUUCGAAUCCAGGAACCUAUCCAUUUGGUGUCAAGCAAAAGUAUAAAGAAUAUGUUGUUACGGAACAUCGUUCACUGUUUAUCAAACCUACAUAUUACUGCUACCAAUGGAAGAUAGAAACAAUACAACUGAGUCAUGGAUUGUUUCAGGUGAAUGUGAAUAUUUCUGCUUACCAACAAGCUUACGAGGAAAAAGAGAUAACCAUUAGAGUUCAUAAAUUAGGAGAACAUCCUCAACUUAUUUUGGUUAACAAUACAUUGAACGAGGAAGAUACACAGCUCCAGCUGACUUUUGAUAACAAAAGUGCUUGGUCAGGUGUUAUUUCCUUUCAAUCUCCAGGAGAUUCUGUGUUAUUAGUAGCUGAGUCAGCAUUAAAUGUACCAAUCAACAAGGGUUGUUUUAUCAGGUCGUUUCAGACAAGAUUGUCACAGUUCAAAUACAAUCAAAGUGUGUUGAAAAAUUUAGGCUACAUUAAAAGUGAAGUAAAGGAGUUCUUUAAACAGGAUCCAUACUCAUCACAUGUUGGCAUAGUAUUCCUAGAAGACAGCUCACAGUGCAAAUUAAAUGCUAGCUGGCUUAACUUGCUUUGUUUCGUACGCAAUGUGGAAUCUGGUGAACCAUUAAAUUAUAUUGUAGAAGACAUUCUCAUGUUGAGGAAUCACAUUGCAGUAUAUGGUAUUAACAGCAGGUUUAAAUAUAAGUUAGUUCUUAUCGAUAAAAAUGGAGAACAGUACGUUGUACCAGAAGAUGAUGAAAUGUGGAUGAACUUUUACUCAUGCAACAACAUUCCAAAGGGCUUGAAUAUCUCGUGUGAUUUUAUUCUCACUUUGAAUUAUUUAAAGUAUUCAGGAUGGUUUUACAUUUAUGAUAUCUCCAACAAAACACUAACAAAAUAUCAAGUACCGUUGUGUGGAGAUAUGUAUUGUCACAUUCGACAUAUGGAGAUUUCCGUGGCACUUGAUCUUGUUCGAAUUUUGUAUUUGAAUUGCAACUUCUCUGAACAGUGCUACAAUUAUGUUGUUGAUUUUUAUCUGUCCAACAGCUCAUGGCAGUUUGUGUUGUCAACAGCAGUUGACGUUGCAAGCUUUAUGUUUUUUCCUGUUUACUCGUAUGAUAUGGUUUUCUUUUCUGAAGAUAAUAUUUACCAACUUCAAGAUGACACUCUCAGGAUGAGAUAUAAAUUUACUGAGGCAGAUGGUCACUUGAUCCAGACUUCAAUAUCCGACGGUACAUUGAUUGUUUUGAUGUCAACUGGCUAUGCUCUGUAUAUUCAAUAUGGUGCAAUAAAUGUUUAUCAUAUUUUCCUUGGCGUUAACAGUCGUUUAUUUUCAGUGGAUGGUGUUUUUUACACGAUCUGGAUGAACAAUUCGUCGCAGUUUGUUGAGCCAACUCCAAUCUUAGUAGAACUUCAAGCUGCGACUAACGGUUUGAAAAACUCGAUUCUCGCUUUCAACACGUCUAUAAAAAAUAUCUUGUAUUAUCUUGAUACGUGUGACAAGUUAACAGUGACUGCUGAAUUGAUUGGUGACUCUUUAUAUAACCAUGACAUCAAGGUCAUAUACGAUACUUCAGCUGGGGUUUUAAUCAACGUUACAACACGCACGAAAACAAAAAAAUCUAUUACUGGUAUAUAUAAGACUUAUGAAAUUCAACUCGACUCAUCUGGUGAUAGAUUGUAUCCACGCGCAACGACAGUCUCACUUGCUCCUCUAAACUACGAUGGUUAUUAUACGGAAUAUCUCAAACCAAAGACGAUGUUUUUAUCGAUUGGCUGUUUCCCUGGAAGAAAUCUUCAGUUAAUCUCAAGUAAACCUCGAUCGUGUAGUGAAGUUAACAUCACAGAAUUCUCCAAUUCUAUUUCAUUGCCUGGACUUACUGAAGAGCGUACGACUUGUUCAAAGUUGCAGCUUGACGAAGAGUUACACAUAUAUAUGAAAAUAUUCACUUAUGAUGUGUUGCAUGAUCUAGAAGUUAAAGGUCCCCUAUCAUUGGUCUAUGGAGAUAAUGUUGAGACAAAUUUACGGAGUGAUGGUCACACUGUAUUGACUCCUAUGGAAACAGGAACCUAUGUAUUGUAUGGAAGCCUUGACAACUCAGUAAGUUUGUGCGAACUUCAAUCUUACAUCGUCGUCGAAGUUAUAAAUGUGCCGGACGAUAGCCGUACGUUAAUUAUUGGGUUGUCGAUAACAAUUGGGGCUGUUAUAUGUGCAGUAUUCCUGAGUAUCACAUUUUUCGUUUUUAAAAUACGAACAGCGAAAGAACACGAAGCAGAAGCCGAAGUACAAAAGCGCCAACAAGAGUUACGCUAUCUCGCGUCACUGCAGCAUUAUCAAGAUCAAAUGGACAUCACUGAACAGCCGACAGCAGCGGGUGUGGCCAAAAGACGCACGUCUUCAAUAAGACGUCGCAGCUCGAUCUUGCCGCAGUUUAUAAAGGAUCCCAUUGUUAAACGAACUGUGAUGACCCCUGUAGCUGAAGAAUAAAGUGGAAACCAAUGAAAAGAAUUAUCAGUCUACACAAAACUUUGACUUGGUUCCCGAUAAAAUCUGUAAUUGUGGUGCAACUGUUGCAUAGAUAGAAAUCUCUUCGACACAUGUUUGUGCAUGAGUUCCCAAUAAAGUCCCGUAAUGAUGACUGUUGUACAGCAGUUGCUCCACGGGUUGCGUUUUAUGUUGGAAACCGAGUCUUAGUGUUGGUUGCGUAGCUUCAAUUGAGCUAAAGUUGUUAAACAUAUUUUUCAGUAACAGUUUCUUAUCCAAUCAUGUUUGUGUUUAUGUGGCGGUAAAAAUAUUUCAUAACUUCUUUUUCUUUUACUGUUAAGAAAGAGUUCGUAUCUGCUGAUCGCAAAUUUUUGUUUCAUGAAUAUAGUUAGUUUUUUGACCCAUCUGUCGCAGAAUUAAACUUUGUAAUGUGUGUAUUCAUGUGUUCCAUGACUCGUACUCAGACCACCUAUUGUUCCAAUUAUUUCUUAUAUUUUGUUUUUUCAGAAAAGAUGUUCUCCCAUUUUUA